AAGUACUGAUAGCUCAAAUCUUUAUCUGUAAAUUGUACAAAGGUACAAAGUAAAAUAUUAGUUGAUUGACGACACCAGUUGAAGAUGUGUAAUUUAAGGCAUAAAUAUUUCUAUUGAAUAUUUAUACUAAGGUGAUCAAGAUGGCUACGUAUUCCAAGUCAACUGUGGCUAGUGGCUCUGAUUUAUUUAUUGACUUUUGUUGUUUCCCCUGUUUAGAGAACAAAAUUGACCAGUGGGCUGACUUUUACUGCGAAAACUGUCAGAAAUUUUAUUGUGCAAAAUGUAUUAAUCUGCAUAGUCCGUUGUUUGGGACACAUGUGACAUACGGAAGGGGAGACACAAGUAAGUGGCCAGUGGCCAAGGAAGUGGAGGAUUUCCUUCAGAAGUGUGACCUUCAUGACGACAAACAUCUGGAAAUGUUUUGUGAGGACCACAGUCAGCUGUGCUGCGCUAGUUGUGCUUUUCUCAAUCACAGUAAAUAGGUGUGCAGUGAGUCCUUCAGGUGACAAGAUAUUUAUCACCAACAAUUCCCAUCACAAGGUCCUCACCCUGGCCAGAGAUGGCACAGUUCUCCAAACCUUCACAGACCCAGACCUACAACGCCCAUGGGGUAUCCAUGCGACUGCUCUGGGACAGGUGCUGGUCUGUGGAUGGUCAAUCAGCACUAUCAUUCAGCUGGAUGGGGAAGGCAAGAAGAAGCUGGCAACUCUUGCUACCAAGAGGGAUGGACUUAUUUACCCACACUCAGUCUUCUACAAUAGGAGCACAGCAUCCAUCAUUGUGGGACAAUUGUGUAGCGAUAACAUCAUUGUGUUAAGAGUAAAAUAGGUGUUUUUUCACAAGUUUCAGUACAAACAUAUUGGAACAUGUACUUUCAACAUGAAUUAUUGGCCACACCAAACUUGUAUUCAGUAUAACGUUUCAUCACAUAAUUCACAUGGAUGAUUUAUUGUCUUGCCUACUUAUGUCAAAUCAUGAAUAUGUUUGAAAGGGUACAUUUAUAAUUAACUUUGAGAGCAUGGAUCUAUUAUUUAGUGUUUUGUUUCAAUGCAUAAUUCUUGCGGGAUUAUAUAUUGUGUUGCAAUACAAUUUAAUAUGCGCUACCAUCUAUUGCUGAUAAUUAUUUUUCCUUUUCAAUCGCAUAUAAUCAGUGUAUUGUUGUUUUCUUGAUAUAUAUCUUAAAAAUAAAUAACAUGAACAUACAUGAUUUUUUUGUGUGGUAAUGUUCUAUCAUAUUUUUGUGUAAUUGUUAUGCACAGUAAAAAGAACGGCAGAGUGCAAUUAAGGAGGGAAGGUUUUACAUUUUCAUUGUAUUAUUGAACAGUCACCAUGUGUUUUGUCCUUAAAAAUAUAAAGUUAUUUAGAUUGACAAUUAUGUAUUGUACAGACUUCUUUCAUUGUUGUUUUUAGAUUUUACUUUUGUUGAUUACAGUUAUAUAUGUAUUUACUUAUGUCAUUCAUGCUAUCUGCGUUUACUGUUCACUAUGUUUUGCUGAAUAAAUUAACUUUUAAUUAUGUUCA